AUGGCUCCUCAAACCACCAAGUUCAGCUACGACUUCUACAAUCCCGGCAAAGUGACUCAACUAAUCUACCAAGCCGACGCUGACUACCCGAGAGAGACCCCCGUCCUCCGCCUCACCAGAACCAACGAUCAAGACGUUCCUCAAAAGUGGAGCACUGGGCGAAUCCUCCACUCCAAAACCAUCCCUUUCGGGAACGGAGCCGACUUCACCACCACCGUCACAUUCAUCAUAAGACCUUAUAACACUCCCCCACACGCUGACGGCCUCGCCUUCUUCAUAGUCCCCGCUGGCCACAACUUCCUCUACCCAUUUGGAGACAGCCUCGGCAUCUUUGAUCCUUCCACCUUCAAAACAUCUAACGUGUUUGCCAUUGCCUUCGACAUCUACUCUGAAACCCGGGGAUUUGUGAACCUUGGGAUCGACAUCGAGUCUAGGAUUCCCUCGGCUAAAACCUCGAUCCCCGACACCUUUCUCGGGAAGGAGCUCACUCUUAAAGCCUCCUACAUCGCCGCCACCAAAGCAAUCAGCGCUUCCGUCACUGAUGGAUCGUUCACUUUCCCGAUCACCUUUACCUACGACUUGAGCCAGAGUCUUCCCUCCAGCGUUCAAGUCGGACUCGCCUCCUCCACCGGUGAUUAUGUCGCAGUUCACGACGUCAGCACCUGGGAUUUCACUUCUACCAUCCCGUGA